AUGCUUAUAAGCUCAGGCGCAAAAUUGAAGAAGGGGGAGAACCAGAGCUUAAGCGCCAACAAGGUACAGCAAGCAUUACAAGUCAAACCGAAGGUUGGGGAACGUAGCGAGAUUGAAUUGAGAGUCAACAAAACUAACAGCGUGUUGGCAGUCAUAGACACAGGGUCGCCCACAGCGUUUAUCCAUUCAGAGGUUGUAAAGAGGUUGAGAUUUAAACUCAUUCGGUACCGUUAUUUCAAUUCGAGGGUAGUCUCAAAAUCGACUGUUAUGUUACAGAAGAUAUAACUGCGCAACUAAUCAUUGGCAACCCAGUUUUGGAUGAAUAUCCAGAGCUUUUGCAAUGGGCUCGACAAGCCAUCAUAGGCCCUUCCGCAGAAAUCGAGAUCGAUCACCUAGAAAAGGGAGCGAUUGAAAGAUCAAUACGACAUAGAUGUCGAACUACACACUGUCAUCGUUACAAAAUCUGGAGAGCAAAAAGGGGAAUCAUUCUCAAGACUCCCAGCUAAUCUACGCGAAAAAUACAAAGAAACGGUGAGCAACGAUUUACCGGUCAGGGAGAGAGGACCAAGAUCUGUGGAACACGAGAUAGACCUCAAGGAAGGUAUUCCAUUACCUCGGAUCCAGCCUUACAGGAUGACACCAAAGAAUGUAGCCUUAGCCCAGGAGCUAGUUCAGGAACUUCUGGACAAGAGGUUCAUUACCCCGUCGAAAUUUCCCUGUAGCUCACCUAUUGUAUUAGUCAAGAAGAAAGACGGAUCUUACCGGAUGUGUGUGGACUAUGGACGUCUAAACAGAGCAACCAUCAAAGACCCAUUCCCAUUGCCGCGCAUCGAAAACCUGUUGGGCAGGAUAGGCGAAGCUCAAUGGUUUACAACUAUUGACUUGCAUAGCGGCUAUCAUCAGUUUCAGGUGAAAGAGUCUGACCAAUACAAAACAGCAUUUGUUACACCCACAGGUAAGUAUGAAUACCGCGUACUGCCAUUCGGGUUAAUCAAUGCCCCAGGUAGAGUUUCUCGGCUAUGAAAAAGGUCACAACUUCAUCAAAAAGACCAAAGAAAAAUGCAAAGCUACAGCAAGCUUCCACCCGGCCCAAAACGGUUGAAGAUACCCAAAGGUUCUUGGGUACAGUAAACUACUAUCGUAAGUUCAUUCCACGUUGUUUACAAAGGAGCCGACCUAUAAUUAAGUUUAUUAUGAAAGAGUGUUCCUGGAACCAAGACCAAGAGGAACCAUUCGAAAAUCUCAAACAGUGUUUGAUGAAGGAACCCUUACUAAUUCCUUUUAAAGUAGAGGGAAUCUACAGAUUAACAACAGAUGCUUCAAAGACCGGGAUAGGAGCCGUCUCUGAAGAGGUCGAGCAGGCCAAGGUAAAAAAGGUGUAGUAGGCUAUUUUUCCAAAUCACUACAGGGCGCCCAAGGAAAUCGCCCUGCAGGCGAGCUGGAACAGCUUGGAAUAAUUGAAGCCUUGAGACAUAUCAAGUACCUCCUACACGGAAAAGAGUUUGUACUGCGAACAGACCACAUCAGUUUGUUGUCCUGUCAGAACCAAAAAGAACCCAGUAGACGUACUGCUACGUGGUUAGAAGAACUAAGUGAGUAUGAGUUCAAACUUGAGUAUCUGACAGGAAAAAACAACGUGGUAGCAGGUGCAAUAUCCAGAACGGACCAUCCGGAGGUGAUGAUUCUAAACAAUAUCACGGUGAUAGAUCCAGCAAACUGGCAAGAAGAGAUGAAGUCGGAUCCACUAGGAGCUGCAGCCUUAGUGUUUCUGGAAUGUGGUGACAACGCAGGUGUCACCAAUGCAGAUUUUAGUGCAUACGAGAAGUACCACAAGAAGUUCAAAUAUUCGGAAGAAUUAGGAAGUUCAGUCUUCAUGACAACAAGUUGUAGUACGACGAUAGGGCCGUUGUGCCCAAAGAGAGGAAAAAGGAAAUUUUGCAGACUUGUCAUGUGCAUACGUUGUUCGGAGGACAUUUCGGUACAAAUGUCGCGUAUGCAAAGAUAGCUGAAAAAUACUACUGGCCAAGGCAAUAUCAUUGUGCGAAUCAACAUGUCAGGAGUUGCUUACAAUGCCAAUUGAUGAAAUCCCAUCGACCGAAAUCUCAGGGAUUACUAUUGCCAUUACCAUAGCAAAAGGUCGGUGGAGAAACUUAUCUAUGGACUUUGUAACGCAAUCACCCGAGACUAGGACCGGACGUGAUACGAUCUUGGUCGUAGUCGAUCGUUUUUCUAAGCGAUCACACUUUUUACCAUGCAGCAAGAACAUAACGGGACUUGAAGUAGCCGAGCUUCUCUUCCGCUAUGCCUUUCCUCAACAUGGGUGUCCAAAUUCGAUUGUGAGCGACAGAGACAUCCGAUUCGAAAAUCAAAUAUACCGAGAUGCCAUGGCUCGGUUAGGUAUUGAAUUGCCUGUGUCUACUCGCAAUCAUCCACAAACGGAUGGUCAAACCGAAAGGUGCAUCAAAGACUAACUCGGCUUCUAAGAAGCUACACCCAAAACGCACAAAACGCGUGGGACAAGUGGUUGCCACAACUGGAAUUUGCUUACAACUCCACUUAUAAUACCGCUAUUCGUUCAUCUCCCAUUGAAGUUGACUUAGGAUACUGCCCAAACGAACCACUCCUUGAUCACGAUGAAAAGACCAACGCCAGAAAUAGCGACCGACAACAACUCAUCGAACAGUUACAUGCCAUUACGUUAACAACUAAAGAGUUUCCAACCGAAAAUCAAAUUGGUAUGCAAUCAACAAAAAACCAAGGGAGGAGAGAAGUCGUGUUCAAAGUCGGAGAAUGGGUAUUGCUACAUGAAGAUUCUAUAUUCACGUUGAGAAAUCAUGCAAAAUAUCAAAAAAUGUAUGGAGGUCCCUAUCAAGUGAAGAAAGUCAUCGAUAACAAUGCGUACGAACUGGAAAUGCCUAAUCAUCCGAGAAAACACAAGGUAGUUAAUGUACAGUUGUUAAAGAGGUUUUUUAAUCGAAGUGAAACCCAUCUAAAUGAAUCGCCCAUCUCAUCAUUGGAUAAAGUUAUUCGGUGUUCAGAAAUAACAGCGGUUAUUGGUUAG